AUGGCAGGCACCCAGAUAGGUACCGGUGUAGCACUACAGUACCCAAGUUGGACCAGCCACCAUCGCUGUCGGGGACGCAAAUUCCUCAGCCGGGAUUUGUGGGAACAGUUGAAGGACAAGAAGACGUCAUUGACUGGUUUUACCAUCAACGAUGUGGUGCGGAGUGGACUUCUAGUUCCCAGUAGUGACAAUGGAGUCUAUGCAGGAGACGAGGAGUGUUAUCGUCUGUACCGUGACGUAUACGACCCAAUCAUUAAAGAGUGGCAUGGCGUCAGUGAGAUACCUGUUCACGUCUCCAACCUGGACCCUCGCUGUUUAACGUCUGUGAUAAAGAACAAAGCGCCGAUCCUGUCAACUAGAUGUAGGGUGGUCAGGAACCUGGCUGGAUACGGUAUGGUCAAAGAGAGUGAUGAGUAUCAGGUUGGUGCAGGGAUAGCUCGAGACUGGCCGGAGGGUCGUGGCAUCUUUUACAACAAUGACAAAACGUUUUGGGCGUGGGUAAACGAGGAAGACCAUCUUAGGAUUAUUUCCAUGCAGAAAGGAGCAAACGUCGAGCAAGUGUUCGAUCGUCUUUGUCGUGGCAUCAACGCCAUCAACAAGGCCCUGCUGAAGCAUGCGCAGACUGAGUUCUCGUUUCACAGGAAGUAUGGCUACCUGUCGAGCUGUCCUACAAACCUAGGCACGGGCAUGCGCGCUAGCGUUCACAUGCACAUCCCCAACUCGCUCACGGAAACCCAAUUCGAGAAAACGUGUUGUCAACUUGGGUUGGAAGUUAGAGGCCGACAUGGAGAAAAACGUGGCAGUGACGGAGGGGUUUAUGACGUGUCCAACUUUCAGCGACUGGGUCGUACUGAAGUGGAGCUUGUGCAAACACUGGUUGACGGCAUCAACUCAAUUUAAGAUCAUGAAAGUUCAUUUACGUUGGUAAACGACAUCAUUAAUGAAGAUUUAAAUCAACGUCACUAAUAUUAAGAAUUUCUUGAUAACUAAAAUCGCGGUGACCGUUGCAACAGUCACGAGACUCGAACGUCUCAUCCAUGACGUAACAGUAGACAGGUUCAUUUAAAGGUCAGCUGAAAUUGAGUACGUCCUAAUUUGUCCGUUUGUCACGUAAACUAUUACGUCUUCCUUUGUAAUCCAUUUAAUACUGUGUAUCUACAACGAGGGUUUAAUAUUUAGUAUCAAUUUUCAAAUAUAUUGUAACAAACGAUAUUUUCAUAUGGAAAGAGAAUUCAUCUCAGGAGAAAUGUGGCUAAGUUACUA